AUGACACAAAGCAAAUCAUCUAUUAGUCAACAGAAGAAGCCGGAGGGAGUCAGAACACCAAAAAACCAGCCGACGACAGCGGCUAAAUCUUACAGUUCUUCAAAUCAGCAUGUGGUAACGAAGACAAUUGGACAAGAAAGUCAAUACACCACACAAGAAGCAACGGAAAAUUCCGAAGAAGCAAAUCCGUCAGUACUACUGCUCAGAGGAAAGGUACAUGUUGGUAACUUGUUGGACUCGUCUUUGAACGAUGGAGCUACGAAAAAUACUAUGGUGCCCACAGGCAGACUCAUCGUGAAUGGACUGAAACGGCAAGCCGGAUCAAUCUCGCCAUUGUCGUCGCCUAUCUCGGACAAUGUGCAACCUCCACCUAAAAGACCAGUUGUAAUUGCUAAUGCAACGUUAUCAAAGGACAAGGUUUCGCCGUCAAGUCCAGCCUCUAACUUGUACAUGCAACCGUCAGCCCACUCAGCUACCUCAGCACAUGUAAAGCCUGCUGUCCCGCACUCAGAAGGGCUUUAUCUCAUUUGCAGCAAUUCCGACAUCAUAGAUGAUACUUCGUUCACUACCACGGCAGAAUCUGAUGUUUUCGCAACAAAAACAAACCUGAGCCUGAACGUGUGUGCUUUGAAGAAUGAAGGCGAAACGUUGCAUAAAGCCUGGGAGGAGUUUCUAAAACUCAAAGAAGACGUCAAACAACAGCAGCAAGAGAUUCUAAACUCGAUACAAAAGAUGGGCCGGUACAUCGAAACCUUUAAAGCAUGGAGCAUGAAGAGUGGAAUCGACGUCAUCCAACAAGAGAUUCAAGAGGAAAAUCCGGAGGCGCAAAAGGGAACUCCUCCCACAAAACAACAAUUAUCAUCUAACAAAAGAAGGAAAAUUCGGAGGUGCGAAGGCGAGACAAGAAGCAAAGCAGUAGUGAAGAAAAGCGAAGGAAGGUUCCAGCUUUUCUUACACUAUCACAGAAGAGAGAAGAAAGCAAAAGAAGUUGUACAAUUUGUAAGAGGAAACACACAAAAAACGAAAAUUCCUCUCGCGAUGAAAAAGGAAAUCACAAGCACAGAGCACAACGCCAGUUCAGAUGAAGAAAAUUGA